AUGACGGCUUUGGGCGCAGAGAACCUGCGCGUCAUAUGCGCCCGGAUCCUGAACGUGGCCACCAAAAAGAUCGACUUGGAGAAGUCCUUUCUGCGACUGGGAGGAGACUCCAUGGCCGCCAUUGAGCUUCUAUCGGCUUUCCGAGACCAUGGCUGCGAUGUUUCGAUCCAGCAGAUUCUUGAGGCCGACUCACUGUCUCAGCUACUCGAAGUAGGCGCUACUACUGCCAAUAUUAUCGAUGAGAAUGUGCCUUUUGCGCUGUCGCCCGCCCAGGCUUUGCUCAUGAGGACUAUCGAGAAUGAGAUCGAGACCAAAGGAGGCAAAGAGCAAGCGACUCAGAACAAGUACCACCAAGGACGACGAUUGGAGCUAGUCACCGAUGUCCCGCAUGAGGCGAUUGAAGCAGCAUUGGGCGCAGUUGUCUCGCGGCACGCCAUGCUUCGCGCACGCUUUGUUCGAUCAGAAUCCCAGCAAUGGCUUCAAACAAUCAGCCCUUACAAUCCAGAGAGCUACAUGUUCCGUGUCGAGCGAGCGCUUGGAACUGCUGAGUACGAGUCGAUUAUUACUUCUCUGCAUGACUCGAUCGACUACGUGGAAGGGCCGGUCUUCGGAGCGACAUUCUUCGAGACCACGCCUGAUGGUCGUCGAGUAUUGUACUUGGUGGCUCCAUCGCUCAUUAUCGAUGCAGCGUCCUGGGCUAUUCUCAUCGCCGACCUUGAACAGAUCCUUGAGAGGAAAGCGCUGACCCUCCAACCUGCGGCAUCGUUCCAAGUAUGGAGUGAUGAGCAGGAGGCUGCAAAUAACAUGGCUUGGCAAAGCUGUGAAUCUGCCGUGCAAUUUGGGCAUAUUGACGAGACACUGGAGUCAAACACGGCGGGUCUGUUGAACGACAUCUUCUGCCGAGCAACUCACCAUGUCGAUGCCGUCGAUAUCCUCCUCGGGGCGCUGAUCGCCUCGUCUAAGGCGGUUUUCGCCGACAAGAACGUCCUGGCAAUCUCCCACAACCUCCCCAGCGAAGAUCAGCGCAAGGGUGACUUCCGAUUCGCGAGGACACUAGGAAACUUCACUCGGCUACGCUACCUACGAGUUGGUAUAGAAGACAUUGACGAGCCGUUGACUGAGGUCGCUACUCGAGUGGCAGCCUCUCGAAACUCUACUUCGAACACGGAACUGGAAGCAACAGACAGUCUCGGCAGUGCUGUGAAUUUCCAUUACGAUGGACCGACCCAAGAAUCCUAUGCCAGCACCACUUUCCGCGAGACUUGGGUCGACGAUUCCAACAAGAAGAAGAACACGAGUUCACACCCGACGACACCGAUUGACAUACACGCGAGCUUCAUACAAGGGUCAUUACGACUCCGCCUGAGCUACGACAUCCGAACCGCCAAGCAUGAGGACCUGCAAAGAUGGCUCGCCCGCGCUGUGACCAUGCUUCGCUCUGUACUAUCGAGCGAAGCACACGAGGACCCGAGAGCGAAUCUCACGCGGGCCUUACCCACCAGUACUGACCGACGUGAUCUGCUGUUGCAGACAGUGGCGAGCCUACCUGUGUCGAUGCGUGAUGCAGUCGUUGACGUCUAUCCUUGCUCGCCUAUGCAAGAGGCUAUGAUGUUCAGCCAGAUCCGAAACCCAGGAUUGUACAGAUGCUCGUACUCGUUCGAAAUGCUGUCAACAGCUCUUGGCACUGGGCAUCAUGUUGACGCCGCGAGGAUCCACACCGCUUGGAACCAGGUCGUGGAUCGUCACUCAGCCCUGCGGACCGUGCUGAUGAAUAGCACGACACGCAGCGGUCACUUUGAUCAGGUGGUGUUUUCCUCGCUAGGAGAUAACGUCAUCCAUUCACAGAGCGAUAAAACGCAAACGCCCUUCGGAACCUUGAGUGAGCUCAUACGCUCGUUCCAAGUGCCGUACCGCUUCACCAUCUCGACCACGGACUCGGGCGCCAUCAUUUGCACGCUCGACGUCAGCCACGCAAUCAUUGACGGAGAGUCCCUGCCGACCCUUGCUAGAGACUUAUGUUUGGCAUACCAAGGCAGCCUUCCGUUUCAACCUGCACCUCACUUUGGAGAUUACAUUGUAUAUCUUCACAGCAUCGACCACAGUGUAGCACGAUCGUACUGGGAACAGUAUCUCGCCGAUAUCGAACCAUGCUACUUCCCUCCGGCCGACGGCGAUCGAACCGAAAGACGUUUGCAGCAAAAGCGCACCAAUAUUCCCCUGGAUGCCACACAUGUCCAAGCCGUCUGCGAACGCUACAAAGUGACGCUUGCCACCAUUUGCCAGGCAGCAUGGGCGCUGGUGCUCAAGUACUUCACGGGCUCGCAGGAUGUGUGCUUCUUCGUGUCCACCGCCGGUCGUCAAGGCGUGCUUGAUAACAUCAAAGAAGCAGUCGGACCACUACUCAAUACCCUAAUAUGUCGGCAGCGUCUGGACGGUGACGAUGUCACCCUCGGAGACAUCGUUAAGGACCUGCAGCAGGGUCGGCUCAAAGCUCUUGAGCAUGAGUACUUUCCCUUGCGUGAGACAGAGGGCAGCAAGCAGUCGGCAGGACAAGCCCUUUGUAAUACCAUUGUAUCGUAUCAGCGGAAGCCGGACCUCGAUACGAGUCUCGUCUCGGAGCUUCGAGUUCGACUGCAGCAGGGCUACAAUCCGACCGAGUACGACAUAUCGCUCAACCUGGAAGCAAGCGAGGACACACUCGGCGACAAUCAGCAAACAGUACAAUUAUGGAACAGCAAGACACCUCGAGCAGUGGAGGACUGCGUCCACGGCAUCGUUGAGCAUCAAACCAAGCUGCAACCGAACGCUCCGGCUCUCAGCUCCGCCGAGCGAGACUGGACGUACCGCGAGCUUGAUGAUGAGGCGUCGCGGCUCGCGUGCUACCUCGUCCAGAUGGGCGUAGGCGCCGAGGUCAUGGUGCCGCUCUGCUUUGACAAGUCUCCCUUUGCCAUAAUUGCCUUAUUGGCGGUUCUCAAGGCCGGCGGUGCUUGUGUGCCUCUGAGCCCGGACUACCCCGACGCCCGAGCCAAUGCCAUUAUCACAGAUGUGAACGCCAGUGUGGUGCUCGUGGCGCCCGACUACCGCGCUCGUUUCGAGUCAUUAGCGUCAUCGCGGUACCGUACCGUCAUUGUUGAUGCGAAAUUGAUUGCCUCGUGUCACGAGCGCCUCCAAUCACACGCGCAGCAGCCAAGAGCGAACCCGGACAACGUCGCGUACUUGAUCUUCACCUCCGGCAGCACAGGAGUUCCAAAGGGUGUGAUGCUGGAGCACCGAGCUCUCGCCAGCAGCUGUACAGCGCAUGGUAAGGCCUUUGGCCUGGGUCCGCACUCAAGAGUGGUCCAAUUCGCCGCCUAUACAUUCGAUGCAAGCAUCCAGGACAUUUUUACUACGCUGCUCCUCGGCGGCUGCGUAUGCGUUGUUUCAGAUCAUGAGCGUCUGAACGAUCUCAGCAACGCUAUCAACCGCACCCAGGCCAACUUCAUCAACCUCACGUCCACCGUCGCCGUGCUGCUGGACCCGCGUGAGCUCCCGACUCUUCGCACUAUGAUCCUCGCUGGAGAGCCAGUGAGAGCUGACGUUGUAGAGCUCUGGGCCGAGCACGUCGUCAUUUACAACUCGUAUGGACCCUCCGAGUGCUCUAUCAACUCGUCUUGCAGUAAGAGGGUCACUGAUAAGAACAACGCUGCCAACGUUGGCAAACCCUUGGUGUGCAAUCACUUCUGGGUCGCUGACCCGGCAAACCACGACUACCUGUCUCCCGUGGGCAGCAUUGGAGAGCUCCUCAUCGAGGGGCCGUUGGUUGCUCGGGGCUAUCUAAAUGACGAGGCCAAAACGCGCGCUUCCUUCAUCUGCGAUCCGGCGUGGGUGUCCAGAUUCGGAUCUGUGCGUCGCCGCAUGUACAAGACUGGUGAUCUCGUCCGCUACAAUAACGACGGAGGCUUGACCUAUAUCGGCCGCAAAGACAGGCAGGUCAAAGUCCGCGGUCAACGCGUAGAGGUCGCCGAAAUCGAGUUUCGUCUCUACGAGCAGAUUCCCACCGCCAGGACCGUGGCCGUCGAGCUUGUGACGCAUCCUCGUCAUCCCGAUAGGUUGAUGCUUACGGCGUUUUUGGCUCUGCGCGUGGAUGGCGAAGAAGACGAGGGGACAGUCCAGGCCACCCAAACAUCUUCGUCGUUGUCACCUUUACCGUCAUCGGCGACCCUACGCAACUCUUUUGCCGAUGCCGCUAUUGCGCUGGCGCAGCACCUCCCUGCCUACAUGAUUCCAUCCAUGUACAUUCCGCUGGCAAGGAUGCCGGAGAACAUGUCCCGCAAGCUGGACCGUAGGAGGCUUCACAAGGUGGUCGAGACCAUGGAGGACGAGGAGCUCGCCGUGUACGGUCUGACGGGAGCACGCAAAGAACAAAACGAGCUCAACACAGACAUGGAGCGCCGGAUGCGCGACAUGUGGAGCUACAUCCUGGGCAUCAAGGCGGCCACCAUUGGCGCUGACGAUGGUUUCUUCCAGCUGGGUGGCGACUCCGUGGCGGCCAUGCGUCUAGUCACGGCUUGUCACGAGCAGGGGCUUACUCUGACGGUGGCGGACUUGUUCCAGAGUCCCAGGCUGUCUGAAGUAGCCCGACUCGUCAAGACCGCUGACAACAACGGCGCAGAUGAUCUUCAUGUCAAACGUUUCGCUCUUUGGGAUGAACCUCGAGAGACUCGCAAUGAGCGACUUGAGGAGAUAGCCGCGCUCUACCGCACACCUAUCGAUCGCAUCGAAGAUAUAUAUCCCUGCAGUCCUUUGCAGGAAGGUCUGAUGGCAUUGACGAUGCGUCAAUCCCAAGCCUACGUCGGCCGUGCCGUCUUUCGACUACAUGAGAACAUCGACCUGCCUCGCUUCAAAUCAGCCUGGCAAAACGUCUCCAACGCAAACCCCAUUUUGAGGACGCGCAUCAUCCCGGGCAUUGCUGCGGGAGCUACAUCCCUGCAGGUCGUCGUCAGGGAGGAUAUCGAGUGGGAGGAGGCGGAGGAUGUUGAGAGCUGUUUGGAAGGCAGCGGUGGUAUGACAUAUGGCGAGCCGCUUCUGCGAUUCACCAUUGUCAACUCCGGAACCACUUCCAAGUCCCUCGUGUGGGCGAUUCAUCAUGCCUUGUACGACGGCUGGAGCAAGCGAAUCCUGCUGCGGCAAUUGGAGGAAUGGUACCACGGAAGCAGUAUACCUGACCCUGUCCCAUUCACGCACUUUAUCCGGCAGAUAUCUCUCGACAAUGACCAGGACGCGAGCUCUUUAUUCUGGACUAGGCAGCUCAGAGGUGUCAGGGCUCCCGCAUUUCCAGCUUUGCCGUCAACGACGUAUCAGCCAAGACCCAACGCUCGAUUACAGAGGGUCGUGCCUCUGCCCUUGCCGUCGCGUGCCACCGGCUCCGUAGGAUCCGGCGUUCCCUCAUCGGUCGUCCUCCGAGCUGCCUGGGCCGUCGUGCUGGCAGCGUAUUCCGCCUCUGACGAUAUCGCUUUUGCAGUAACGCUGUCGGGCCGCAACAUCGCCGUACCAGGCCUCAACAUUGCCGACAUGGCCGCCCCGACCAUGACGACCGUCCCGGUCCGCGUACUCCUGGACCGCCACCAAACCGUCAACGAGUACCUGUGGUCUAUGAUGCAGCAAUCAGCGGCCAUGGUACCUCAUGAGCACGCAGGUCUGCAGAACAUCCGCCGCAUGCUUCUUCGAGAUGGAGAGGAUGCUGCCAGGACCCCGAUGCAGCUCAACAACCUCUUCAUGGUUCGUCUGCCGAACGAGCAGGCACAUGAGAUGCCGUCCAUCUUAACCGAAGAGCCCAGAGAUGGCCAAAUAGCCGAGGACUUUGGCUCCUAUGCGCUGAUUCUUAGUUGUGGCAUUGAAGGUGACGGUGCUAUGGAUGUUGAGAUGGGCUACGACAAGACUGUCGUCUCGGACGGCAUGGCUGAGAUGCUUCUGGGGUAUUUCUCUCAUGUUGUGAGCAUGCUAGCCAAUGAUGCUCAUGCUCAGCUAUCGGUGGGCGAUGUGGCGUGCGCUGGUCCUCAAGAUAUCCGUCAGAUACAGCAGUGGAACCAACACACCCACACCAAUGGCCACCCUCACCCAAAGGAAGUCAAGAAGCUCAGGUGCAUCCACCAGCUUGUCGAGGCGCAAGCUGUUAUCAACCCCGACGCGCUGGCCGUACAAUCGUGGGAUCAAGAUCAGGACCUCACAUAUGCCGAGCUUAAUGCGCUCUCGACUGCGCUCGCAACGUACCUCGGUCAUCGGGGCGUGACUGAAGGUGCCAAAGUGGCGCUCUGUUUUGAGAGAUUGGCCUGGGCGAUUGUGCCACAGCUCGCUGUGCUGAAGGUUGGUGGCGUCUGCGUCCCCUUGACCCCAGACCAAUUGUCGGAUGCAACCAGCGGUCGUGCCAUACUCGAACAAGUGAAGCCAAUUUUAUGCUUGACCAAUCGGUCACACCAGACUAUGCUUGAGAAACUCAACUGCCAGGCUCUCUCGAUCGAUGCCGGGCUCAUUGGUGAGCUUGUGAAGAGAUCAACCAAUGGGCAUGGGACAAACGGCACAAAUGGACACCGAUCUGAAUCCUCAUCAGAAACCACGGCGUUCAUGCUAUACAAUACUUCUGACAAGGAGGCAGAGAUGGCCGAUGGCAUCGUCUCUCUGAGUCAUGAAGCACUCAUCACCACUUGUCAGGCCUACGGGGAGGUCCUUAGCCUAAACAAGGGCUCCCGAGUCGCACACUUCGUGCCAUACGCAUCGGCCCAGGGAAUCCACGACACAUUCGCCACGCUUCUGAGCGGCGGCUGCAUCUGUGUUCUGUCAGAGGAAGAGUGUGCUGAUGAUGCAGCUGGCGGUAUUGGCAGGUCGGGAGCGACCAUUGCUUGCUUGGAUCACCCAAGCUUGAGUACCAUGACAGCAUUGCCAGAGCAUGCACCGUCGCUCAGGAGUUUGGUUGUUCAUUCGAGCGAGCUGACAACGGGACUCUGGAGCAGGAACCGAGACGCGAUGAAGCAAUGGGGCGAGGAGAUGAGAAUGCUCGAAGUCUAUGGGACCGUCCGAGGCCGGGGUCCCAUGGCGUAUCGAAGACUCCAUUCAGACACCGAGCAGGAGCAGAGCCCAGGCUGGCUGCCGAUCAGCCGCUCGUCGUUGCUUUGGGUGGUUGACCCGCGAGACCACGACAAACUACAGCCUAUAGGCAGCAUCGGUGAGCUUCUCAUCGAAAGCACCUUUGUCGAAGCCUCUGCCACCACGAGCGAUCGUCCAUGGCAACCGCGAUGGGCUUCCCAGCUAGGCCAGAGCGGCAAGCAGGGAACGUACCACAAGACUGGGGAACUGGUACGCUAUAAUGCGGACGGGUCACUCACAUCGGUCGGGUCCAAGGAUGAGUACAUCCAGAUUCUCAGUCAGCGCGCAGAGGUUGAGGCCCGACUGCUGGAACGGAUCAAGGGUUAUGAAUCAAUUGCGGUUGAAGUUGUCGUACCACUCAAGGGGGUAAAGAAGCCAACGGUGAUGGCCUUCUUGGUGGAGAAAGAGACACCCCGAUCGAACGGCACGAACGGUCAUUCAUCGACACUGGCGAACGGGCAUCAGAAGAACGGCACAACGAACGGGACAACAAAACCUGGCCCGGUGGUUAAUGGUAUACACCCGUUACCGCCUUCCGAUCGACUGCAAUCCGACUUGGCCGAGAUUCGCGCAUCUUUGGCCGAUGCUAUCCCGUCAUACAUGACUCCUACCGUCUACGUGCCCCUGGCUCGUAUGCCACGAACGUCCAAGGGCGAAGUCGACCGGCAGCGUCUUCGCGACAUUGCCAAAUCCAUCGACGAGCGACAGUUGGCCGCAUACGGCGAUACCGGGGCCAGCAGUAGGGCGACGAAACUGAAGCCCUCCACUGACCUGGAGAAGCAUCUGCAGAGCCUGUGGAGCAGAAUCCUUGGGGUUAAAGAGACCCUCAUCGGCGCAAGCGACAGUUUCUUCCAGCUCGGAGGCGACUCGGUCGCAGCUAUGAGGCUCGUUGCGCUGGCGCGUCGGGAACAAGUCGUCACCACCGUCGCGAGCAUCUUUGAGCACCCGAUACUCCGCGACUUGGCGGUGGUCAUCGAGCAGGAGGAGGCGGCACGAAUCGGCGGCGCAAACAGCGAAAUUGCUGCUGAUGAGGAGACCAUCGCUCCUUUCGCCUUGUGGGAUGAAGUUGAUGAUAUGAGCGUUAAAUCGCGUUCCGAACGCGUGGCCCAGGUCGCGGCGCAGUGUCAGAUCCUGCCGGAGCAGAUUGAGGAUAUUUACCCCUGCACGCCGCUCCAAGAGGGUAUGAUGGCCAUUACGAUGCGUCAACCGAGGGCCUAUAUCGGGCGUGUGGCUUUCCGGAUCUUGGAAACCGUCGAUUUGGGGCGCUUCAAAGCAGCGUGGGAUCGACUGGUGGCUGAGAAUCCCAUCCUGCGAACGCGCAUCGUUCCGGGACUUAGCGCUGGACCGCAGUCCCUGCAGGUGGUUGUCAAGGAAGGUGUUCAAUGGCGCACCGGCGCUUCUGUCGAUGCGUACCGGCUUGAGGAUGACAAAACUACAAUGUCCCUGGGUGGUCCGUUGGCGCGCUACGGGAUGGUGGAGUCGCGAUCUUCCAACGGAGACAACGCCGUCUUCUUCGUCUGGACGAUCCACCACGCCCUUUUCGACGGUUGGAGCAGGCAGACUCUUUUGAGUCAGCUCCAGCACCUAUACAUGCACGAUGAGCUGGCUGCUCCCGUCGUGCCGUACAAUCGCUUCAUGAGAUACCUCUCCCAGUCCCCGUUUGAGAAAGUUGAAGCGUUCUGGAAAGACCAGCUUCAGGGUAACGUGCCGCGGAGCUACCCUGCACUACCAUCACCAGCGUAUCUACCACGGCCCAACGCAAAGAUGCAGGCGUUUGUGCGGAUGGACAUGGAUAAUGCGAAGAUUGGUGGGUGGGAUAUGCCACUGUCUGUAAUGCUUCGUGCCGCUUGGGCAGUUGUUAUGGCGACGUACUCGGGGUCCGAUGAUGUUUUAUUCGCCUCAACACUCUCUGGUCGCAGUGCACCUGUGGCAGGCAUAUCAGAUAUCACAGGUCCGACGAUGACCACUGUGCCCAUCAGAAUCACAAUUGAUCGGCAAGGCUCCGCGCUGGAUUUCGUGCGUGCCGUAAACGAACAGGCGACGAGAAUGAUUGCUUUCGAGCAGACGGGUUUGCAGGAUAUCCGUCGUCUGGUUGGCAAGGCCGACGACGCGCUCGGUCUCGGUCUCACCACCAACUUCCUUGUGCAGCCGGCAGAAGCCGAGUCGCAAGAGUCGGCGCUCAUGGUCUCGGAGCGUGAUGGUGCGGCUACCCUAGAUUUUGAGGCAUACCUGCUUAUCCUCGAGUGCUGCGUGGAGUCGACCGGCGUGACGCUCAAGGUCCAGUACGACGACAAUGUUGUCAAUGUAAAACGUGUCGAAUCGUACCUGUCGCAAUACCAGCACGUCCUGGCGCAGCUUACAUCUGCUGGGCAGCAACAGACAGAGCCAGUAGUGCCAGUGGGCUCUUUGUUCUCGGCGGGCCCACAGGACAUGGAGCGUCUGCUGGAAUGGAACAAAGAGGUACCGCCAGCUCUGGAGGAGUGUAUCCAUCAAAUUGUACAAAAUCAGGCCGACUUACAACCUGAUGCCCCCGCCAUCUGUUCCCGAGAUCUCAAUCUCACAUAUCGUGAGCUGGAUGAACUUGCUGCUAAGCUUGCGGGCCAGCUGGUCGACCUUGGAGUGGCAGCCGAAGUCAACGUCCCACUCUGUCUCGAAAAAUCAGCAUGGGCUAUUGUCGCCGAGCUAGCUGUGCUAAAAGCCGGAGGCGUCUGCGUGCCGCUGGAUCCCGCGCGCCCGGCCGUCCAGAACGAGGCGAUCCUCCGCAACGUCCGACCGGUGAUCAUCCUCGCUAGCCCACAGCACGAGGAACUCUUCCGCAACAGCUCAUGCAAUGUCUUGCCAAUUGACGAUACUCUGCAGAGGAAGCUUCAGAAUGCGCAACCGUUCCGGCGCGGGGUCGCGACGCCUGGGAACAAUGCCUUCAUUAUUCAUACUUCCGGUAGUACCGGCGUGCCAAAGGGCGUUGUUCUGCAACACAAGGCACUCGCAACAUCCUGCCGAGCACACGGCGAGGCCUUUGGACUAGGCCCUCAGUCUCGCGUUGUGCAGUUCGCAGCGUACACAUUCGAUGCGUCCAUUCAGGACAUAUUUACCACUUUACAGCAGGGCGGGUGCGUGUGUGUCAUAUCUGACUAUGAGCGCAUGAACAAUCUAUCAGCAGGAAUCAACCGGACACAAGCCAAUUUCGCCAAUUUAACCUCAACUGUGGCUGCUCUCUUGCGUCCUGACCAUGUGCCUACCCUCAAGACCAUCAUCUUGGCUGGCGAACCUGUCCGGCCUGAGGUUGUUGCGCUGUGGGGUAACCGUCACGACGUCAAGCUGCUCAACUCGUACGGACCUUCAGAAUGCUCAAUCAAUUCAUCCUGCAGUCCCCCGAUAGAGGACGCGGCAUACGCUUCGAACAUCGGAGGACCGCUCGCCAACUUGUUCUGGGUGGUAGACCCCACAGACAGCGACAGACUAUGCCCGCUUGGCGCCGUCGGCGAGCUACUCAUCGAGGGCCCCAUACUGGCACGUGGAUACCUGCACGAUGAAGCCAAGACGAGGAGCUCGUUUAUCUACGACCCGGCAUGGAUCCGGCAGUACGGUCUCGGCGCUGGGCGCCGCAUGUUCAAAACGGGCGACCUAGUCAGGUACAAUGACGACCGGGGGUCGCUUACCUACAUUGGGCGAAAAGAUACUCAGGUCAAGAUCCGCGGUCAACGUGUUGAGAUUGGUGAGAUUCAGCACCAGUUGCAUCGCCUCGUGCCUACGGCCAAGACUGUCGCUGUCGAACUGAUCCACCACCCGUCACAUCCCGAACGGCACAUUUUGGCUGCAUUCGUGGCCCUGGAGGACACCGCGGAUCAAGACCGUGAGAAUGGCGACGAGGAUAUUGCUAAUGGAGCCCGGGCUCUGUCGCUCACGGACUCGCUGCGACGGCGAUUCUCGGAAGUGUACGGUGCGCUUGGUUCUGUCCUGCCACACUACAUGGUCCCAUCCGUCUAUGUACCUGUCAACAAGAUGCCCGAGAACGCAUCCCGGAAGCUGGACCGCAGACAGCUACGCUCCAUGCUUGAGUCGAUGAGCGAGAUCCAAAUCGCCUCGCACAGCCUCGCGGGCGGUAACGGCGUCGUCAAGGUGGCGCCAUCAACAGUCAUGGAAAAGAGGCUUCAAAGUCUCUGGGCCCGCAUCCUGGGCAUGUCCUCGCCUGAUGUAAUCGGAGCCACGGACAACUUCUUCCAUCUUGGAGGAGACUCGGUAGCGGCAAUGCGUCUUGUUUCGCUCGCCCGAGACGAUGGGGAUGUCUCCAUCACUGUCAGUGUCGCGCAGAUUUUCGAGUAUCCCAUCCUUCAAGACUUAUCUAGGGAGCUCGAAGGAGCAAUGGAGGCGACACCGGAAGUGGCCUCGGUCAAUGGAGUGAGCGUACCCGAACCCUUUGCGCUUUGGGCUGAGGAGCCGACGAAACGACCUACGCGCCUCCAAGAGAUCGCAGCAAAGUGCGGCGUCCUGGCCGACGACAUUGAAGAUGUCUAUCCUUGCACGCCGCUCCAGGAGGGUCUCAUGGCGGUGACGGCCUUCCAAGCCAAGGCAUAUGUACGCCGUAGCUCUCACAUAAUCCCCGACGCUAUUAAGACGAGUCAGCUUGAAGCGGCGUGGCGAAGCGCUGUAAGGACAUAUGCGAUUCUGCGAACGCGAAUUGUUCCCGUGGGCUUCAAGGACGCCAAGUCUCUCCAGGUCGUCAUCAGGAACCAGGACUGCCAGAUGCGUUGCCGCACACUCGCCGAGUUCAAGCAGGCGGACGCUCUCGAGGACAUUUCCCACGGCAAAGCGCUGUUCAGGUACGCUAUUGUCGUGGACGAGGACAGUGGCGACCGUCACUUCGUUUGGACGGUUCAUCACGCCGUAUAUGACGGUCGGAGCUUUCAGCUACUUUGGAAACAAGUCGACGAGCUCUUCUACCACGGCCUGCAGCCCCCUGUUAUUCCAUUCAAUCUCUACAUCCAGUACAUCGAGAACUCGAGCGUCGAGGCCGAGACAGCCUACUGGCGCGCUCAGUUAUCGAUUGCAGAGCAGCAGCCAGUGACCUACCCGUCGGGUCUACACUCCGCCUACAUCCCGCGAACGACGAUGCGGGUGACGAAGCGAACUCGCGUGGCCGACCCUGCUACUACGGAGCUCUCGGCAUCGCACGCGACCGUCAUGCGGAGCGCGUGGGCUAUCGCCGUGUCAAACUUCAGCGGCUCACGCGACAUCAUCCUUGCCGAGGCCCUGUCCGGUCGCACCGCCCCCGUCCCCGGCAUCGAAGACAUGGUCGCACCCACCAUCACCACUGUGCCUCUCCGCGUACGCCUGCAACCAGCACAGCGCGCGGUCGACUACGUAGCGGACAUCCAUCGACAGACAGUCGCCAUGAUGCCCUUUGAACACUGCGGUCUGCAGCGGAUCCAAGCCAUGGUGGAUAAGAAGCUUGAUCUCGGGCACCUGUUCGUGGUGCAGCCACUGUCGCGCGAUGAGAUGGCGGCCAAGAUCCCCCAGUACCAGGAGGUGACGCCCAUUGAGGACGGAGUCGAUGGGUUUGACUCGUAUGCGCUUGUGGUGGAGUGCAAUAUUGCCGCUACUGGCGGCGACGUCCUCAUCGAAGCAAGAUUUGACGAGUCCGUCUUGGACGUGGAGCAGGUCUCGCGUCUCGUCGAUCAUUUCUUCCACGUACUCUCGAACCUUCUCGGCACCACCGGCAAUAAUAAAGACGCCUCGGUCGCUGAACUUGGUGUGGCGUCACAGCAAGAUGUCCGCCAGAUCGUCGAGCGGCAGGCUUCUGUCGACUUGACGCGCGUUGACACUACGGCGAAUGGGCUGUUCGAACAACAGGCUGCACGCUCGCCUGAUCAGCUCGCCGUUGACGCUUGGGACGGCAAGCUCACUUAUCACCAGCUUAAUCAAGUAUCAUCCCGUCUGGCGGUUCGGCUCCGGCUCGCUGGUGUCAAGAUUGGGGAUCGAGUUGCUUUGCAUUUUGACAAAUCGAAAUGGGCUAUUGUCUCAAUGUUAGCCACUCUGAAAGCCGGGGGAGUAUUUGUUCAACUGUCACCGAAGCAUCCCGAAAGCCGCAUCAAGGCAAUCAUCCAGAACAGCGGAGCUUGUAUAGUACUGACAUCCGAGAAUCACACGUCGAGACUCGGUGGUCUUGUCGACCAAGUCAUGGUGCCUGAUGAUUCACUAUUUGCGAUUGAAAGGGAAGAGUUUGGCAGCGCUUCAAUCAACGGCAACGCAUCUCUCUCCGUGGGUUCUGGUGGUGCCGCUUGUGUAAUUUACACCUCCGGAAGCACAGGCACCCCCAAGGGCGUCGUGAUGGAGCAUGGCGCUCUUGCUACGGGCAUGAAGACACUUGGCGAAUCCUAUGGUAUUAAAAGCAAUACCCGCGUCUUCCAGUUCGCCGCCUACGUUUUCGAUGUGCAUCUCCAAGAUAUAUUCGCCACGUUAUGUGCAGGCGGCUGUCUCUGCAUCGCCUCGGAAAGUCAACUGACGGACAGUUUAACCUAUGCCAUUCGUGAUGCGCACGUAGAUAUCAUUCACUUGACGUCUACAGUCGCGGGAAUUCUUGAUCCGACAGCUCUACCGUCGCUUCGUACGCUGAUACUAUCUGGUGAACUCAUUAAAGGAGACGUCAUCACUCGAUGGGCGCCGCACGUUAAGAUCAUCACCGCCUACGGCCCUUCGGAAUGUGGCUUGAACACGGCUUUGAACACGAGCGUAAUGCACGCGAGAGACGCGACCAAUGUUGGUCAUGGAAUCAAGUCUAAGCUCUACAUCGUGAACAGAAAUGAUCCAGAUUCGCUCGCGCCCAUCGGAUGUGUCGGUGAGAUUGUAGCAGAGGGUCCUCUUCUCUCCCGAGAGUACCUGCAAGAUCCGGACAUGACAAAGGCGAGCUUCAUCGAGAACCCUCGCUGGACGACGCAGGCUGGACUCGGACCGGCUAUGGGGAGACGACUGUUCCUCACCGGAGACCUCGGGCGCUACAACCGCGAUGGUUCGCUCACCUAUCUCGGCCGCAAGGAUACUCAAGUCAAAAUCCACGGACAGCGGGUCGAAUUGGGCGAGAUUGAGGAAAAGGUGCAGCAGCUUCUACCCCCAUUCUUGUCCAGAGACAAAGGAGUGGCUGUCGAAGUGGUUGAGACAGCGUCUCCUCUGCCGGGUCAUACAUUGACGGUCUUUUUUGAAGCCGAAGCAGCCAAUCUAGGUGGCAUACUUCGGACAGAGCAGCCAAUCUUGCCACUGCUACCUUGGCUGCGUGCUCUGCUAUUGGACCUGCAGUCCUCGUUGGGCGAGCAGCUCCCACAGUACAUGGUGCCGGCAGCCUAUGUGCCCCUUCAGCGAUUACCUGUCAACACGUCAGGGAAGCUGGACCGUAGAGGGCUGCGGGAGAUAGCUAGGAUCUUCACCCAAGACGAGUGGGCACGUUACAGACUGAUUGACGACGUCAAGCAGUUGCCCUCAAACGGCAUGCAGAAGCAGCUCCAGGCGUUGUGGAGUCGGAUACUAGGCGUGGAGGCUUCAUCGAUAGGCGCUGGAGAUAGCUUCCUUGCACUCGGGGGUGACUCUGUUUCUGCGAUGCGGUUAGUGGCCGCCUGCGAACAGGAGGGUUUGCUUCUCUCGGUGGCCAACGUGCUCCGGCACCCCAAGCUGCGGGACAUGGCCGAGACAAUCACUGCCGCGGAGGCCAAAACGGAGCCGGUAGGUACCGGGAGCCGUCUUCCUGCGUCUGGCAACAUCGAACCUUUUGCACUGUGGAACGUGCAAGAAGAGGCACGACCGAUGCGCCUUGAGGAGCUCGCACUGCAGUGUGAUGUGUCCACGGACCAGAUCGAAGACGUUUACCCGUGCACACCGCUCCAGGAAGGGCUGCUGGCCAUUACGGCAUACCAGACGGGUUCUUACACGAACAGGCUCGUGUAUGACCUUCCUAGCACCGUCGAUAUUAAACGCUUCAUGCGCGUGUGGCAGCGUAUGGCACGCUCGCAUCCAAUCUUGCGCACACGCAUUGUUCCCAGUGGCGGCGGUGGCGACCAUUCGUCCUUGUCGACAGGGGCCGUUCAGGUGGUGGUCGACGAUGACUUGGAAUGGACUCGCUCGACUGGCAAGGGCACCCUCUCAAACUACUUGGAAGAGGACGAGACCAUCGGAUUCUCGCCGGGUAGUCCUCUUGCACGCUAUGCCCUCGCCCGUGAAACUACGACAUCCAGCUGGACGUUCGUGUGGACUGUACACCAUGCCAUAUAUGAUGGCUGGACGAUGAAGCUGUUGCUCGAAGAUAUGGAGAAGCGAUACCAGCAGCAGCAAGCCAACACCACCACUCCGUACAGCCACUUCAUCCGUCAUUUGGCCAGUGUUGAUCAGCGGGCUGCCCACGACUUCUGGUCCGCCCAACUCGGGGGCGAAGGCGAAGGUCCCUCCGAUUUUCCUGCGCUGCCGAACGCCAAUUAUAAGCCUCAGCCCAGCUCGGAGUUGAACCGCGAGAUACUGGCUUCUAUCGAUCAGAAAACGUUGCGAUCACUGGGUGUGCCCUUGCCGUCAAUCCUGCGCGCCGUAUGGGGCUUGGUCCUCGCAUCUCAUCUCGGCUCAGAGGAUGUGCUCUUCGCCAUGGUUCUGGCGGGUAGGAGUGCGCCGGUGCAGGGCAUGACCGGUAUAGUUGGACCUACCAUCACGACCGUCCCGAUGCGCAUGAAGAUUAAGAAGAGCACUACUACUCUACGUGACUACCUCGAUCAAACGUACCAGCAGGACAUUGACAUGAUUCCAUUCGAACAUACGGGCCUCCAGAACAUCCGCCACAUGCUGUCAUCAGAAAAUGGAGGAAGACGGGCUGAGCCAGCGCAUAUCUUCAUUGUUCAACCUGCUGUAGAGCAGGAACAGCAGCCAGCUGGAGCACUGCUUACACUACGCAGGCAGCAUCAACAGCAGCAAUCAGGCUCGGCGACGAACGCAAACGCCCCUGCUUUUGGAUCGCAUGCCCUUGUGAUAGAGUGCAAUAUGACGGGAAAAAAUGGCGUCUCAUGCCAUGCUCUCUUUGACGAGGCUGUGCUUCCCCAUCGCGAGGUAGAGAUGCUGCUCCAACGGUACGAGUCAGCGUUGACACGGGUCACGGAUGCCGAUGCGGAUCACCAGCUCCAGAUCAGCCGCCUUACGAGCGCCACUCCCAGCGACCUGGAGCAGAUCGUGGCUUGGAAUCGCCAACUGGCCGGUGACGAUGAGGCUGUCGAGGACUGCAUACAUCAUGUUAUCGCGAGACAGGCUGUAGCCCAGCCUGACGUAUCUGCGGUGUGUGCUUGGGACGGCGAUUUCAGCUAUGCUGAGCUUGACCGACUGGCUACUUCUCUGGUGCCUAGAUUGCACAGAAUAGGCUUCAAACCUGGCGAUGAGUCAAAAGCGGCCUUUUGUCUCAACAAGUCCAAAUACACGGUUGUGGUGUUGCUCGCUGUGCUUAAAGCCGGAGGCGUGUGCGUGCCUCUCAACCCCAGCUGGCCGGCACAGCAGUAUGAGGCUAUUCUUGGAGACGUCAAACCAAAGCUCAUCCUCUCCAGUCCUCAAUACCUUGCCAAGUUGCAGAGUCCCGGCCAAAGCCAGAGCUGCCAAGUCUGGACGGUUGAUGAGGCACUGUUCAACCAGGCUACAGCCGCCGACGAGAGUCCCUCAGCGGCUCAUUUGUCGAUGAUCGAGGAGUCCAAACCCGCUCAUGUAGCAUAUAUCAUUUACACGAGCGGAAGCACGGGCGUGCCGAAGGGCGUUAUGCUCGAGCACCGGUCCCUGUGCACAACUGCCGAUCAGUGGGGGCCAAAAUUUGGCAUCCACCCUGGCUCAAGGAUCCUUCAAUUCGCGGCCUAUACUUUCGACAGUAGCGUAUUCGAGAUGUUCAUUACCCUUCAGCGGGGAGGAACCCUCUGUAUCCCUUCCGACGAAGAACGUGUCAACAAUGUGGCCGCCGCCGUGCAACGUAUGCAGGUCAGCACGGCCUUCCUGACAAACACAGUCGCCAGUCUCAUACCACCCUCAGAGGUGCCAUCGCUGCGAACGCUGACGCUGGUUGGCGAGCUUGCGAGCCUGAGCACUGUGGAAUCGUGGUCGAAAUCCAAGGACUUCCGCCUCAUGAACGGCUACGGGCCUUCUGAGUGUUCAGUCUGCGUCACUGCUAACCAGCGUCUUGAACCACACGCUAUUGCGAAUGUCGGUUUCGGCUUGAUUGGAUCACUCUGGAUCGUCAGUCCAGACGACCACCACCACUUGCUUCCUAUCGGAGCGCAGGGUGAGCUGCUGGUCGAGGGCCCGCUUUUGGCACGAGGAUACUUCAAUGAUAGCCGAAGAACGGACGAGGUGUUCAUCAGGUCGCCGGAAUGGGCCGAGACGUGUGGCUACUUUCCAGCACAGCAUGCUACACGCUUCUACAAGACGGGUGAUCUCGUCAAGUACAACGAUGAUGGGUCCCUCACCUAUAUCGGGCGUAAAGACAACCAAGUCAAGAUUCACGGGCAGCGCGUGGAGCUGGGCGACAUAGAGACAAGAAUACGGCGCGUUUUGCCAAAGGCGCUGCCUGGCGCUGGCGAUGUGGCCGUAGUAAUGGCUGCGCAGGACUCUGAAUCGACAUCUGGAUCGAUAUCGGGAUCAAGUCCUACAACUCGACGCGUGCAUGCCUUCAUUUCUAUGUCUGGCGAACGGGAUGCAAGCACGCCCAAUGCGAAAGAUUGGGCAGAGUCAGCUCUAUUGCCCAUGUCUACCAAAGUCGUGGCCCAGUUUGCCAACCUCCAGCAUGAGCUGAUCGAGGACCUUCCUCAGUACAUGAUGCCAUCUCUAUUUGUGCCAGUACGGUCGCUUCCUAAGAACGCAUCACUCAAAAUAGACAGGAAGCAGCUUGUACCUCUGGCCAGCAAAUUCACAGUGGACCAGGUGGCCAUGUACAGUCUUGCAAACACGAUCAAGAGAGCGCCCUCGACUCGUACGGAGACGCUCCUGCGCCAGCUCUGGUCGCAGGUUCUCGAUAGAGAUCCUGAGACCAUCUACAUAGACGACAACUUUUUCCAGUCGGGCGGCGACUCAGUGUCGGCCAUGCGCCUUGCUUCAACCUGUCAGCGCGGGGACCCAGACAUGGCUUUGACCGUCGCCGACAUCUUCCAACACCCUAGGCUUAGCAAGCUGGCCAAAGCAAUAGAUGAGCGGCAGGGUGUCAUGAGUGCUACGACCGAAGACGAUCAGAACGAUGAUGAGCCAAUUGUUCCCUUCAGCCUUUGGGAGGCAUACGCGGACCCACAAGACAGGAACGGCCAGAUGGACCUUAUAGCCCAACAGUGCGGCAUUGCUCGAGACGACAUCGAGGACAUUUACCCCUGCACUCCUUUACAAGAAGGUCUCAUGGCCAUCACCGCCCGUCAGAACAGCGCCUACGUCGGCAGAGGCUCCUACCGUCUACCGGCUCACAUAGACAGGGCCAAGUUCGCUGACGCGUGGGAGCGUGCAAUCGCCUUCCACCCGAUUCUCAGGACUCGCAUCGUCUUGUCAAAUGUCGCAUCGCAAUUCUCCAGGCCCAUGCAAAUUGUUGCUCGCGAGGGAUGCAGUGGCGGUGGUACGAGCGGUUACUUGGACUGCCGCACGAUGUCCGAGUACGAGGAGCUGGAUCGAUCGGACCGGAUGCUCUACAAUAGGCCACUCUUCCGAUGUGCCAUUGUCGUUGACGACAAAGACCAGGACCAAUAUACCUUCGUCUGGACUGCUCACCAUGCCAUCUAUGACGGCUGGAGCUUCCAAUUGUUGUUCCAGCAGAUUGAGGAUGUCUUCUAUCACGGCUCAAAGCCCGCACAGCCAUCGCCGUAUAAUCAGUUUAUUAAGUAUCUUAACGGGAAUAGCCAUGAGGAGACGGCCAGGUUUUGGCAGGCGCAGCUUGAAGGUACGCUGCCUGAGAGCUUGCCUGCCGAUCUUCCUGUACGGUACCAGGCAAGACCGAACACGCGCCUCGUGCGACAAGCCCAAUUGAAUGCAUCAUCAACCGUUUCGCUCGCUACAGUCCUUCGAGCGGCUUGGGCUAUUACCUUGGCCAACUUCAGCAACUCAGAAGAUGUGUUGUUUGCCGAGGCCUUAUCAGGCCGAAAUGCCCCAGUCCGUGGAAUUACAGAGUUAGUUGCCCCGACCAUUACGACGGUGCCGGUGCGAGUGCGCGCCAGUUCCGAGCAGAGACUCAGUGAUCUCCUCAAUGCGAUCAAUCAGCAAACUAUUGACAUGAUGCCCUUCGAACAUACUGGACUACUCGCGAUCCAAGAGAUGACAGCCAAAAAGCUGCAACUGAACCAUCUCUUCCUCAUUCAGCCACGAGCCCAGCCACACUCUGGCGGCAGUCAAGAUGAGAUGGCCACGCAGCAAAGGGAUUUCGACUCGUUCCCGCUGCUGGUGGAAUGUGGUGUCCACGACGAAGGCGCUAAUGUCGAGGCCCGCUUCGAUGAGAAAGUCGUGUCCAGUGCGUACGUUGCCCGACUCAUCGACAAUUUUUGCCACAUUGCUGCACGCAUCAGUGCCAGUACCUCAAACACCAAUGGAGCGGAUGUCACUGUCGGAAGUGUCAGUGAACCCAGCCCAAGAGACACCCAACAGAUUCUCGAAUGGAACUCCAACGACUACAUGAGCAUGGUGCCAUCUUACAAGACCGUCCAUGUUAUGGUCUCCGCAUCAGCCAGCAAGUACCCCGACCUGGUGGCCGUUGACUCAUGGGAUGGCAGUUUCAGUUACAGGGAACUGGACCUAGUGACGUCGAAGCUUGCGGGUUACCUCGUCAGCGAGUUUGGAGUCAAGAUCGAGGAUAAGAUCGGCCUAUAUUUUGACAAGUCGAAGUGGGCGGUGGUUUCGAUGAUUUCAGUGCUCAAAGCUGGAGGCGCUUUUGUGCAUUUGAGCCCUAAGCAUCCGACGGCUCGAACUACGGCUAUACUGCGCGGCAGCGGUAUCGACCUUGUUCUCACCUGCAAAGCAUACAGACCAAAGUUGUUGGAACACGAACUUGCGGAACACGUUCUUGUGGUUAAUGAAUCCACUAUUACUGGAAUCGGAACCUACCCUGAGUCCCUUCUGGAUAUCAAAGUUCAGUCCGGUAACGUGGCCUCCGUCAUCUACACAUCCGGCAGUACAGGCAUCCCGAAAGGCGUCGUGCUUGAUCAUCGAGCUCUAAUGCUGGCUAUUGACGUCCAAGGCCCGGCAUUUGGCAUCCAGCACGGCACACGCGUCUUCCAGUUCGCGUCGUAUCUCUUCGAUGUCAGCUUCCAAGACGUCUUCAUCCCGCUUAGUGUCGGUGGAACCAUCUGUAUUGCGUCUGAAGACCAGCUGAUGAACGAUCUCGCGGGGUCCAUCCGCAGAACCAACGCCGACUUCAUCAACGUCACGCCCACGGUCGCUGCGCUUCUACGGCCGAAUAGCGUCCCUAGAAUCAACAAGCUUGCUCUGGCCGGUGAGGCUGUAACUCCGGACCUCGUUGAAACAUGGGCGCCCUUUGCGCGUGUCAUGAAUGCCUACGGACCCGUCGAGUGCGGAAUGAACACCUCUUUCAACCCAUCCAUGCAAAUGCCGCGUCGCACGCAAGCUGCCAACAUUGGCAACGGUAUUGCCACAACAUUGUGGCUCAACAAGCCAGGCGACACCGAUGUCUUGGUACCCAUUGGCUGUAUCGGUGAGAUUCUCGCCGAGGGCCCACUGCUGUCCAGAGGAUAUCUCAAUGAUGAAGUGCGGACCAACAGUGCCUUCAUAAAUGACCCGGCUUGGGUGGCCAAGUAUGGCCUGAGCUCCGGCAGACGACUUUACAAGACUGGUGACUUGGCGCGCUACGAGGAGGAUGGGACGCUGGUCUACCUUGGCCGUAAAGACACCCAGGUUAAGAUCAACGGACAACGCGUUGAAAUUGGCGAGAUUGAGCAGCACGUCAAGGACCUUUUGAUGCCAGAAACCAUAUCCGCCUCAACCUCCGAGCAAACUACUGGCGCUACUGCCGCUGUAGAACUCGUUCAAGUCUCAGACUCUGUAUCUGAGGUUUCCAGGCGAGUACUUGCGGCAUUCAUUCAAACAUCGCAGAAACCCUCGGAUACCGAGAGCAGCGGAUAUCCGGCUGACAACGAAUGUGUUCUCCUGCCUCUUUCAAAGCCGCUUCACUCGCGGUUCCGUGCACUCCAGGACUCGCUUGGUAACGUCCUCCCGCAACACAUGAUCCCCUCAAUCUACCUACCAGUCUCAUAUAUAUCCACCAACACAUCUGGUAAACUCGACCGUGUCCGGCUGCGAAAUCUCGCCAAGAGUCUCUCCGAGGCCCAAAUUUCAAUGUACAGCUUGUUUGGCGUGGCCAAGGUACCGCCGGCCUCUCCGAUAGAGAGACGGAUGCAACGCCUCUGGAGCCGGGUCAUGACGGUGGAAGAAAGUGCGAUUGGAGCGACCGAUAAUUUCUUCCAGCUUGGUGGUGACUCUGUUUCGGCUAUGAGGCUUGUGGCAGCCUGCCAGGAGGAGGGACUGGCAUUGACUGUGAGCGAUAUCUUUGAGCGGCCCCAGCUUCGAGAUGUGGCCAGGUCGGUAACAAUCAUUGACGAGUCUGAUCACCAUAAUGACGAGGAGAAUGAUCCGCUGUUCAGUCUAUGUCCAUGGCAAGAGAGCACGGAGACUCCCGCCGAAGCUACCAAAAUGAUCGCUUCACUUUGCGGUGUGUCGCCAGAUCGGAUUCAAGACAUCUACCCUUGCACUCCCCUACAAGAAGGACUGAUGGCCAUCACGAUGAGGAAGGCGGGGGCUUACACCAAUAGGAUGGUCUAUAAGCUGCCCGAGUCCAUCGAUCUGGACCGUUUCAUUGCGGCGUGGGGCCAAGUAGCUACUGCUCACCCGAUCCUUAGGACAAGGAUCGUCGUUGAUACAAUGGCCACUGGUGGUGCGGAUACAAAGCUAUACCAAGCCGUAAUUGACAAGCCGAUCGACUGGCAAAAGCCAAGUAGCAUCACGGAGUAUGUUUCUGCCGACGAAAGUCACCCGUUCUCUUACGGCGAUCCUCUUUCGCGAUUUGCUCUCGUUUCGGAAGGCAAGGGCGGCUCCAAUCACUUUGUGUGGACAGUUCACCAUGCUGCAUACGAUGGCUGGACACUCAAGUUGGUCCUGGAUGACCUCGCAAGUGCGUACCACGGAAGCGAGCCAAGCAGGGCGGUGCCGUUCAAACGAUUCAUCCGCCACCUGAUUACGAACAGCGAGACCACAGCCACCGACUCUUUCUGGACGUCGCAGCUCAAGGGACAAACGCCUUCAAGUUUCCCCCGCUUGCCAUCGGCCACCUACCAACCACGGGCUCGGCAGCAGCUUUGUCACCAUCUGUGGAGCUUUGACACCAAGGGGCUCAUGGAGCUUGCCACACCCCUACCGACCAUUUUGCGCGCUGUCUGGGGAUUGGUUGUGGCCGCGCAUACCGGCUUCGAAGACAUCAUCUUCGCGGAGACGCUUUCGGGACGUAACGCACCUGUGAAUGGCAUCGAUAAGAUCGCUGCUCCGCUGAUGACGACUGUGCCAGUGCGUAUGAGCCUAGACACCCAGCAGACCAUGAGGUCAUAUCUUGCUGCCAUCUACCAGCAGGACGUGGCGUUUAUUCAAUUCCAGCACACCGGCCUGCAGAACAUCCAGGAGAUCAUGCGGAGACAUGACAUGAUGGACCGACUGGACAUGAAUCACUUGUUUGUCAUCCAGCCCGAGGUUCAGCUCGACCAAGAGGAGCAAUCGCUCGGCAUGGAGGCACAGAAGGCGCCCGCACUGGUUGACUUUGGAUCUUACGCUCUGGUCAUUGAGUGUAAUACCAGGGCCAAUUCAGAGAUCGCCGUGAACUUCACCUAUGAUGAUGCCGUGUUGAGUUCAACCGAGAUCAACACUCUCUUCGAACGAUUCCAGUUCCUCCUUUCCUCCAUCUUGGCCGCGGUCCACGAAGAGACAAAGAUCAGCCACUUGCUGGCCGCAACACCAACCGACGUGCGUCGUAUUCUGUCUUGGACCAACGCACUGCCUACCACAGAGCCUAUAAACUCCUGCAUCCAUCAUAUUUUCCGGGAUCAGGCACUUCUUCGUCCAGAAGCUGUCGCACUACGCUCUUGGGACGGUGAUCUGACUUACAAGCAACUCGACCAGUUCUCGACGACGCUAGCGUUUGAUCUCCAGGAAAUGGGCGUCGAGCCUGAGGUGAACGUUCCUCUGCACUUUGAGAAGUCAACAUGGGCAAUUGUGGCGCAACUGGCCGUGCUUAAAGCGGGCGGUACAUGUGUCCCGCUGAACCCGGCAUGGCCAAAGGCCCGCAACGACGCCAUCAUCACGCAGACCAGGGCUUCAGUCAUUCUCGUCUACUCGGACAUGGAUGACGACACAGCGUUCUCUGAAAGCGAUCAAUUUGUUACCAUCACCGUAGGAGAAGCAUUAUUCGAGCAAAGACAAGAGCGCAAGACGACUCGAGAGGACCGGACCAUGAUAUCACAAGCCAGGUCUAAUAACGCCGCUUUUAUUAUCUACACUUCUGGCACUACGGGAACUGCUAAGGGCGUUAUCUUGGAGCACAAGUCAUUGGUUACCACUGCGGCAGCUCACGGCGCAGCCUACGGUAUCGGUCCGACCACUCGAGUUGGACAGUUUGCCGCCUACACCUUCGACGCCAGUGUCUCUGAGAUCUUUACCACGCUCCAACGCGGUGGCACCGUGUGCACCAUGUCAGAGCACGACAGGGCCAAUAACUUAUCGGCCGCUCUGCGUGAUAUGCGAGUCAAUUUCCUUGCUGUCACGGACACGGUCGCGAAACUCCUCGACCCCGCGAACCUACCUUUCGUACAGACGCUGAUCUUGGUGGGCGAGAGACCAAGCGAUGCUGUUGUGACACGAUGGCAGCAGCAUUGUGGUACCCUUAUGAACGGCUAUGGGCCCACGGAAUGUUCGAUUGCUGCCACUUGUAACCCCAAGCUUGCCGUAGGACAGACGAACAAUAUUGGGCGUGUUUUGAGCGGAGCCAUUUGGCUGGUCAAUCCCCAGGACCACAACUUGCUACAGCCGACCGGGAGCAUCGGCGAAAUCUUGAUUGAAGGUCCCCUGGUAGCAAGAGGCUACCUCGACGAUGACCUCAAGACUGCUGCGGCUUUCAUUGAGGACCCCGACUGGGUCCGAUUGCACAAUCUGCCGACCGGCAAGCGGUUGUAUAAAACAGGUGACCUCGCACGUUACGAUACGGAUGGAUCCCUCAUCUAUCUCGGUCGUAAGGACAACCAGGUCAAGAUACGUGGGCAGAGAGUGGAACUCAGCGAGAUCGAGCAGUGUCUUACUAAGGUUCUUCCACAAAGCCGGGUCGCGUCGAGCGGUGUGGCCGUCGAGCUUGCCACAGUCUCGGAUCGGCCCGUGCUUGCGGCCUUCAUGGCUGAACUUGUUGAAGCGAGGCCUUACGAGGGAGGACGCGAAGGAGACGAUGCAGAACACCAAAAGGACCAUGAGAACGGUCUCGUCUUACCGCUAUCUGGUUGCAUCCGGGAUCGUCUGCUAGACGUGCAGUCAUCCUUGGGAGAUGUGCUGCCCCGGUACAUGAUUCCCUCGGUAUUCAUUCCAGUCCGCACGCUGCCUAGUAACGUUUCAGGAAAGCUGGAUCGGACAGCGCUUCGCCAUGCCCUUUCACGUCUAUCGGCAGAGGAACUUGUAUCGUACAGCCUCGUCGGCGCGACAAAGCAGGCACCUUCCACGGACCUGGAGAGGCAACUACAGGGCCUCUGGGCUCGAGUAUUGAGCAUAUCCCGCGAUCAGAUCGGCGCCAGCGACAGCUUCUUCCAAGUAGGUGGAGAUUCUGUAUCGGCUAUGCGCUUGGUAGCCAUGUGUCGUGAGGAGCAACUAGCCAUCAGCGUUGCAGACAUCUUCAAGUAUCCGAAGCUCCGGGAUGUCGCAGCACGAAUGCAUAGCAUGAGUAUCAGCACAAGCGACGAGAAGGAUAUUGAGCCAUUUACAUUGUGGCCAAUCGACGGGUCUGAGGCGCGCGCGGAUCAGCUGGAAGAAGUAGCUCGGCAGUGUGGCCUCUCAGCAAACCAUAUCGAAGAUGUGUAUCCGUGUACGCCGCUUCAAGAGGGUCUCUUGGCCAUCACCAUGCGACAAAACAAGGCAUAUGUGGGACAUGGGUCUAUGAUACUUGCAGAGACCGUCGAUGAGGAUCAAUUGCUCGAUGCCUGGCAUAGUGCUGUGAAAGCGCACCCCAUCCUGAGGACGCGCAUCGUCCCAGUGACGACACACAAUGCCAGGUCUCUGCAAGUUGUCGUCAAGAGCGAGGCAGAAACAGAAAACAUUCAGUCCUCACCUUGCCGUAGUGAAGAAGACUUCAGAUACAUGGUGGAGCGAGAAGCCAUGUCAUACGGCAAGCCGCUUUUCCGCUUCGCUGUCAUCGGGCAGACAUUCAUGUGGGCGGCCCAUCACGCUGUAUACGACGGGUGGACUUUCCAAUUACUGUUCAAACAGGUCGACGAGGUCUUCUCCCGAGGACUCGCUCCCAAGCAGAAGCCGGUACCUUAUAAGCGUUACAUCGACUUCCUGUCGCGCACCAAUCCGGAGGUUGAAGCUGCCUACUGGCGAUCGCAGCUCGGCCAGGGCGAUCCUGUGAGCUUCCCGUCGAACGUAACAUCUUCGUACCAACCACACUCGAACAGCGACCUGCAGAAGAGAUUCACUGCCGCCAUGUCGCCGACCCACAACGUCUCGCUAGCUACUGUCCUUCGCGCCAGUUGGGCCAUGGCCGUCGCCCGGUUCUCGGGCACCGACGACGUUCUCUUCGCUGAGGCGCUGUCGGGUCGGGACGCACCCGUUUCAGGCAUCAUAGAGAUGCUUGGACCAACUAUUACCACGGUGCCGAUGAGGCUACAAGUCCGGCGCAACCAGCCCAUCAUGGACUACCUUGAGUCUGUGCAUGAGAAGAUGAUCGAGAUGAUGCCGUUCCAGCACUCUGGCUUGCAGGCGAUUCAGGCGGCAAUCAGGCCACGACAACUUCAGCCAAAUCACCUGUUUGUCAUGCAGCCACUGCAACAACAGAAUCAGGCUCAACUACCGUCGUCAGCCACAUCCGACCUGCAGGCAAUGCCGGUCUCGCAGCAUGACUUCCACUCCUACCCACUUGUUGUGGAAUGCAGCAUUGAUGGAUCGGAGGUGUUUGUAGAUGUCAAUUACGAUGCCACCAUCUUAUCUCAUCACAUCGUGGACCACCUCACCGACCAAUUUGCGUAUAUCACCACUCAGCUCGCAGCCCUCAGUCAGACGGAAGCCUCUCAAGAGCAACUUGAUGUCGCCCAGUUCAGUGCCGCUAGCCCUCGAGACGUAGAGCAGAUGGUGCACUGGAAUUCUAACAUCCAGCUGCCAUCACCUGAACAAACACUAUACCACAUCGUCGAAGCGCAGAUACACAAGACGCCAGACCUGCUCGCUAUUGACGCGUGGGACGGCCAGCUCACGUAUGCAGAGGUGCAUGACUUGACGGCAAGACUAGCGACUCAUCUCAUUGCCCUCGGUGUGCAAAGGGAGGAUCCGAUAGCCCUUUACUUCGAUAAGUCGAAAUGGGCCCUCAUCGCCAUGAUCGCGGUUCUGAGAGCCGGGGCUGCGUUCGUACAGCUUAGUCCGAAGCAUCCAAUCGGCCGGUCCAAGACGAUUCUGCAAAGUAGUCGAGCUCGUAUCGUGCUUGUCGCAGCCCAGUACGAAGCCAAAUUCCGAGGUGCCAUCGAUCUCCAUCCCUACAAGGACGCGGUCGUCGUCCCAAUUGACCAAGAAUUGUUUGCGACACUUUCUCAGUCAGAUCACGUCGCGCUCCGCGCCGUGACCGCACAGCCGAGCGACGCAGCUGUGAUUAUGUACACAAGCGGCAGUACCGGUGUUCCCAAAGGAUUUGUGCUCCAACACGGAGCACUAUCCGCAGCUGUGGCGGCUAUGGCUACGGCACUCGAUAUCAAACAAGAAACCAGGGUCUUCCAGUUCACUUCGUACGUAUUUGAUGUUCACCUACAAGAUGUCUUCUGUACCUUGUCACGCGGUGGCUGCGUUUGUAUUGCAUCAGAGGCUCAAUUGAUGAACGAACUCGGGAGGACGCUGGCGUCUGCCCGGGCUGACUUGGUGCAGCUGACUCCCACUGUUGCGGGACUAGUUGAACCCGAAUCUGUGCCCGAUUUGAAGACUCUCGUCCUCACUGGCGAGCUGGCCACCCGUGAGACAAUUGCGCACUGGAUGGGACAACUCCAGCUUAUGAACGCCUAUGGCCCAGCCGAGGCCGGUCUUAACACUUCACUCAAUCGAUCAAUUGCACACGAGUCGGAGGGCUCCAACAUUGGUCGAGGCGUUGCUACAAGGCUUUGGCUCGUGGAUUCGGACAACAUCAAUCUCUUGAGCCCAAUUGGCUGCAUCGGUGAGCUGCUGGCAGAGGGUCCGUUGCUUGCUAAAGAGUAUCUUGGCGACGAACAUUUGACCUCUACAAGCUUUGUCACUGACCCAACCUGGGUCAAGACAUACGGGCUGCCCAGUGGGAAACGUAUGUACAAAACGGGCGAUCUCGCUAAAAUCAACGCAGACGGCACAUUCACGUAUCUGGGGCGUAAGGAUACACAAGUCAAGAUCAAUGGUCAACGCAUUGAGCUUGGAGAGAUUGAGCGUCAGCUGCAAGCCGACUUGCAGACGCUUCUUCCCAGUUGUGGUGGUGUGGCAGUGGAGCUUGCGACUACCCGGGACGACGACGACAACAAUAACAACAAGCAGACUCUUGCGGCUUUCAUCGUUAUCAGCGGAGAAAAGGCCGUCGCAACGAAAGGAAAGGAAGACGAAGAGACUAUUCCCCUGUCUGUGAACCACUCAAUGCGUUCCGCUUUGUCAGAUCUGCCAUUCAUGCUGAGGGACCACCUGCCACAUUAUAUGAUCCCUUCAAUGUACAUCCCCAUCACCAAUUUGCCCAAGAAUACCAACGGCAAGCUGGACAGAAAGCGCUUGAGGGAGAUUGCCAAUCACCUGGAUGCACACGACUUCUCUCUGGAGAGUCCCGUCAACGGUCCCAGACUACAGCCAUCAACAGAAAUGGAGCUACAACUGCGAGACAUGUGGUGCCAGGUACUAGGUGUACAGCCUGACUCCGUUGGGACCAACGAUAGCUUCUUCCAGAUGGGGGGUGACUCUGUCGCCGCGAUGCGUCUCGUCGCUGCGUGCGAGAAACAAGGUCUUUGCCUGACUGUGGCAGACAUAUUCGAUCGUCCGCGACUUCGCGACCUUGCCACUGCCGCUCGAGCACCUAAUGAUCUUUCCGCAAGUCACGCUCAGCACCAGAAGCCUCUGGAGCCUUUCAGCCUGUGGGAUAAGCAUACUGUGCACAAUCACCAGCAACAUCUUGCCUCCAUUGCCAGCCAGUGCGGAGUAGAGCCUUCUCAGAUUGAGGACAUCUACAAUUGUACGCCACUUCAAGUCGGCCUGAUGGCCAUCACGAUCAGGCAGCCACAGGCUUACACCAACCGCAUCAUUUACGACAUUCCGGAUUCUGUGCCCACAGAGAAAUUUAUGGCAGCCUGGUCAUUGAACUAUCAACGCCACGCCAUCUUGCGCACUAGGAUCGUUCCCGAUGUCGACCGGGAGUCAAACUUCGUCCAAGUUGUGGUUCGAGAGAAGCUAGAAUGGCAGCAUAGCAUGGACCUCAACGACUACAUCAAGCAUGACCAAGCCCAAGGUUUUACUCAUGGUUCACAGCUCGCUCGCUUCUGCACUGUCAGUGGCCUGGAAGGCGAGCCAAGGAAGUUUGUGUGGACCAUCCAUCACUCAAUCUACGAUGGGUGGACGCUCAAGCUCAUCCUCGAAGACCUUGGUCAACUCUACGAAGGCCACACGCUUCCUCCUUGCGUUCCUUUCAAUGGAUUCGUGCACUAUCUACGCAAUGUAGACAACACAGCCGCCGCGGCAUUCUGGCAUUCUGAACUCGACGGCGAGCUGCCUACGAGCUACCCAGAAUUACCUGCGCCGAACUUCCAGUCCCGUCCGGACAGCUCCGUUGCUCGGGACGUAACCUUACCCCAUGGGGCCAGCCAUCAGUCUAUUCCUAACAUCCUGCAAGCUGCAUGGCCAUUGGCGUUGUCGAUGCACACAACGACCGACGAUGUCAUGUAUGCCAUGACGCUCUCCGGUCGGAACGCGCCCGUCCCGCGCAUUGCAGAGAUGGCCGCCCCGACUAUUACAACAGUACCCGUCAGGAGACGGAUUAACUCGUCCACUACGAUCUCACAAUACCUCUCGGCAACACAUCGCAAGUCCAUCGACAUGAUGCCAUUUGAACACACGGGUCUCCAGAACAUCGACAAGUCCCUCGCACUGAACACCCUUUUUGUUAUCCAGCCAACCAUUCGUGUUGAGCAUGACGAGGAGAAGCAGGAGCGCGAUGACCCUAUGGUUUCAUUGGAUCCAAACGCAGCGCCGCUACAAGGCUUUGACUCGUAUGGCUUGGUGGUGGAGUGUAGUCUCAGCCAACAAGGAGCUCGCAUCGAAGCCAGGUACGACAAGCAAGUCAUCGCCGAGGAACAGAUACAGCAGCUCAUUAGUCAAUUCCAGAGACUGAUUCUUCUGCUACUGACUGAACCUCCCACGACCCGGCUUGUUGACCUUCCCAUGGCAUCCGAGGAGGAUGUGCAGCAGAUAUUGGCUUGGAACAGCGAGGAUGGCACUACCCUGGAGCCAGUAAACGACUGUCUCGAUCAUGCGAUCAGACGACAAGCCCUACAACAGCCGUUGGCUCAGGCCGUCUGCGCGUGGGAUGGUAACUUGUCCUAUCAAGAGCUUGAAUGGCUUGCUACGAAACUGUCCGGUCUUCUUAAGAGUCUCGGCAUCAAGCCUGAGGAUAAGGUUCCUGUGUACUUUGACAAAUCGCUUUGGGCUAUUGUCGCGAUGCUAGCUAUACUUAAGAUUGGGGGCAUAUACGUCCCGCUCAACCCGGCACAUCCACUACAACACAUUGAGGUCAUCAUCGAAGCAGUGGCCGCCUCGGUGGUCCUGACUACAAAAGACAAUGCGCACAAAUUCAAGGACUCGAUUCCUGUGGACUCGGAGCUUCUUGAGUCGCUGUCUCUGCCAACCGCUGAGGAUCAGGAUGGGACUACGGUCACACACAACUCCGACAAUGCAGCUGUGAUUGUAUUCACGUCAGGAACCACUGGAACACCGAAAGGUGUCGUCCUGACCCACUCGUCACUAAGCACUAUGAUGCGUGCUCAAGGUCCAUCAAUGGGCUUUUCCUCAAACACACGAGCCCUUGCCUUUGCAGCCCCUAGCUUCGAUGUCAGCAACAGUGAAGUUUUUACGACCCUCUAUCACGGUGGAUGCGUGUGCAUUCCUUCUGAGCACGAUCGACUCAACGACUUGGCUGGGGCAGUAGCUAGGCUUCAUGCCAAUUGGUUAUUCCUGACCCCAAGUCUAGCUUCGCAAAUCGACCCAGCCUCUGUUCCUGGGUUGCAAUUCCUAGCCCUUGGUGGCGAAGCCAUUACUCAGAGCCUCGUGGACACCUGGGCAAGCAGACUUCACCUACUCAAUAGUUAUGGCCCUUCCGAGGCAAGCAUCUGGACGUCCAUGGCACUCCUGGGCAAGGAGCCGGGUGUUCUCCCAACCAAUAUCGGUAGAGGCCUUGGCUGCAAGCUCUGGGUGGUUGAUCCGUCCAACUACAAUAGGCUAUCGCGCAUCGGCUCUACCGGAGAGCUGCUCAUUGAGGGCCCGAUUCUGGCUCGAGAAUACCUCGACGAUCCCAACCGCACAGAUGAAGCCUUCGUUUUGAACCCUUCCUGGACCAGGCUCGACGUUCAAGGGCAAAAUCAUCGUGAUCAGCAAGCCGCCGACCGCCGUCUCUACAAAACGGGCGAUCUCGUCGCAUACUCGACAGACGGAUCUCUAAUUUACAUGGGUCGCAAGGACACACAGAUCAAGGUGCGUGGCCAGCGCGUGGAGAUCGGCCAAAUUGAAUACCACCUGCAGCGACUCUUGCAGCAAUCUCAAACGGCCAAAGUGGCCGUAGAUCUCGUCUUCUCCAAGCACCAGCCGUCUCGCAAGACUCUGGGCGCCUACAUUGAGGUGGUAAACGAUGAGUGUUCGUCAUCAGCCGAUUCAUUCAACAUCGACGGGGUGAUGAUCCCCUCGGAAGGCUUCCAAAAAGAGAUGCAUCAGCUCCAGACCGCACUUUUGGAUGCACUCCCGCAUUACAUGGUCCCCACCGUUUUCAUCCCAAUGGAACGUCUCCCUAUGACCGCAUCAGGCAAACUGGAUCGUCGAGUCUUGAGUAAACUGCUAUCGGAUCUCAGCGACAAGGAUCUCACGCCCUUCCGCUUGGCUUCGAUUGCCAAGACUGCUCCUCAAUCCGGAAUCCAAUUCAGGAUGCGCAGCCUGUGGGCUGAAGUCUUGCAAAUCAGCGACGAAGACUCCAUCGGGGCCGACGAUUCGUUCUUCCAACUGGGCGGCGAUUCUCUCAGCGCUAUUUUCCUCGUAUCGCUUGCUUCUAAGGCUGGCCUGACUUUCACCGUGGCUGAUUUGUUCCGGUGCCCGAAGCUUUGCGACAUUGCGGCUAUUAGUCAGAUGCAACAAGUUUUACCACCUUCUGAGGGACCAUCGAAGAUCCCGCCUUUCUCUCUAUGGGAACAUGGAUUUGAAGAUCUGCCAACCGCGAUCGAGACAGUCGCCGAUCAGUGUCAUGUAACCGCUGAUGAUAUUCAGGAUGUGUACCCAUGUGCUCCCCUGCAGGAAGGAUUGGUCGAAUUGUCCCUCCUCAACCCUGGUACAUACAUCAGUCGCAACGUCUUCAAUCUUGAUGAAUCAGUUAACAUUGAAACUUUCAAAUCCGCCUGGGCCCAGGUUGUUCGGACUCAUCCUAUCAUGAGAACUCGCAUCACUCGACUCAGGGAGCUCAAGUCUGUGCAGGUUGUGACAUAUAACCAGCUGUCAUGGAGCAAGGCGACAUCUCUUCAAGGGUACAUGGAAGCAGACUACGAUGCUCCAAUGCUACACGGGGAUCCCCUGGUGCGUUUUGGAUUCGUCGAGGGUGAACAAGGUGAACGUUUCUUCAUAUGGACCCUACACCACGCCGUGUAUGACGGCUGGUCUCUGAAGCUACUGUUUGAGAGCUUCCUCAGAUCAUACAAUGGCCAAGUAGGCACUCUCGAACCAGUGCCUUUCAACUCCUUCAUCAAGUACGUCCAGCAGACCAAUCAGCAAGGAGCUCUUGACUUUUGGAACGAGCAGCUUGAUGGAGACCUACCACUCGGCUUCCCUGCCCUGCCCUCUGCCACCUAUCAGCCACGCCCCAACAAGGAGGAGACACUCUCACUGACCCUUCCAUCAACCCACGCAAUCAACCACCUACACUCGGCCGCUACAAUCUUGCGUGCCGCAUGGGCCUUGGCUCUAACCAAUGUCACAUCAUCAGACGAUGUCAUAUUCGCCAUGACUCUUUCCGGUAGGAACGCCCCUGUUGCCAAUGUAGUAGACAUGGCUGCACCAACCAUUACAACCGUUCCCAUUCGCUCCCGCAUAGAUGCCAAUCAGUCAAUCGAGCAAUAUCUUGAGCAGACCAAGCAGCAAGCAGUUGAGAUGAUGCCCUACGAGCAUACUGGUCUGCAAAACAUCCGAGACGCAGAGACGGGCAACCGUAUCCCUCUGGACUUGAAGCAUUUAUUCGUUGUGCAGCCAGCUUCUGCGUCUGUCACGACCGAAGGCGAUGCGACAAUCAUGCGUCCACUGCGCACAGAAGAUGGUGAAGAGGAUAUCCAACUCGGCUUUGACUCGUACGCACUGGUCGUGGAGUGCCAUGUCGAGGGUGAGGGCGACGGCGCUGUUCAUGUCUCGGCACGGUUUGACGACAAUGUGGUCGAUCACUCUCAAAUCAGACAACUACUUGUGCUUUUCGGCCACUUGGCUACCCUUCUAUCAACGACGACGAAAACCUUGACCCGCCUUUGUGACCUGACGAUAGCGCCACCAGAGGACUUGGAGCAGAUUAUGCAAUGGAACGAUGUCCAUGCCCUCCGCCCCUCGAGCCAUUGUCUCCACGCCGUAGUGGCACAAUGGGCGAAGAGCCAGCCAGACAAGCAAGCUAUCUGUUCUUGGGACGCCGAGCUGUCGUACCGCGAGCUGGAUUUGUUGUCUUCCCAGUUGGCUCAUCAUCUAGUGGACGACCUAGGUCUCGCACCAGAGGUCAUCGUCCCCCUCUAUUUCGACAAAUCAACGUGGGCUAUCGUGUCAAUGCUGGCAGUGUUGAAGGCGGGCGCCGCGUACGUGCCACUCAAUACUGCAUUCCCAAUUGAGCACAACCAGUCUAUCGUUAAUGCGGUCGACGCCAAGGCUGUUCUGACGAGCAGCGAUCACUUGUCUCUGUUCGACAAUGGCAUCCUCAUCGAUCGAUCAUUCAUUGAGUCUCUUCCCUCUGUUGGAAGCCGUCAUCUCUCAUCGUCGGAUCCUUCCAGCGCCGCCAUCGUCGUCUUCACUUCAGGAACCACAGGCAAGCCUAAGGGCAUCGUCCUGACCCACUCAUCGCUAUCUUCUAUGAUGCGGGCACAGGGACCUCUGAUGGGCUUCGAUACAUCUACACGCACACUACACUUUGCAGCCGCAAGCUUUGACGUAAGUAAUAGUGAAGUACUUACUACUCUAUUUCACGGUGGUUGUAUCUGCGUCCCUUCGGAGUAUGACCGUUUGAACCGGCUUUCCGAGGUCAUGAGCGAGUACAAUGUCAACUGGCUAUUCCUUACGCCUAGUCUCGCGAACCAGCUCGAACCGGAAGCUUUCCCUAGUCUCCGACACCUCGCACUUGGCGGUGAGGCCGUCACCCGAGACCAUGUCGUGCAAUGGGCACCGAGAGUUCGUUUAUUGAAUAGCUAUGGCCCUUCAGAAGCGAGCAUCUGGACUUCGAUGUCUCAUCUCCGUUCUGAUACUACGACUGUUGAUAUCGGCAGAGGCUUGGGGUGUGUUUUGUGGAUCGUGGAUGCGGCCAACCACGACCGUUUGAUGCCAAUCGGAAUGAUUGGCGAGCUCGUCAUCGAGGGUCCAAUCCUAGCGCGGGGGUACCUCAACGAUGCUGAGAAAACACGGGAGUCCUUUAUCCAAGACCCGCUGUGGUCGACUGCAGUCGGUCACGAUCGACGGAUGUACAAGACGGGAGAUCUGGUCCGCUAUGCAGCCGAUGGAUCGGGCACUCUCCUAUACGUCGGCCGUAAGGAUACACAGGUCAAGAUCCGUGGACAGCGCGUCGAGGUCAGCCAGGUCGAGCACCACCUCCAGUCUCUUGUUCCCAGCAGUCUGGGCGUGGCUGUCGAGAUGGUGACCAGCAACACCACGGCACGCGGUCACACUUCAAGGCAGGCUCUCGCUGCAUUUGUGGCGAUAGAAGGCGGAGACAGCGACAAAGUCCUCAGCCAAGUUACGACAACGUUCCAAACCAACAUGUUCAAGGUGCAGACUGCAUUGGCCUCACUGCUUCCGCCUUACAUGAUCCCGACCGUCUUUGUGCCAUUGAGCAAGUUGCCAUUGAGCAGGUCCGGCAAAGUGGACCGAGUGUACCUUCGACGCAUGCUACACGGUCUAAGUGAAGAGGAGAUGGCGCCGUACCGUCUUGCAUCUGCCUAUAAGAGGGAUCCCGCUACGGAUCUUGAGUCACAGAUGCAGUCCCUCUGGGCAGAUAUGCUCGGAGUCGCAGUUGAGUCUAUCGGGCUAGACGAUAAUUUCUUCAUGCUAGGAGGCGAUUCCAUCAGUGCUAUUAAACUCGUCUCCACAGCUCAGAGAGUCGGUCUACACUUCUCCGUGGCUGAUGUAUUCAGCCACCCUAAGCUCUGCGAACUGACAGCCUCUUUGGAAGAGACAAGAUCAACACGCCUCCCGGACGAUGAUGCCGUCGAUCUUGCUCCUUUUGCGCUCUGGUCCUACACACAUGACAAUCUGCCAAGUGCACUCGAGCAUCUAUCUGCUCAAUGCGACGUGGCUGUUGAGGAUAUCGAGGAUGUCUACCCUUGCACCCCUCUGCAGGAAGGUCUCAUGGAGACAUCUUUGCUGCAAAAAGACACGUACAUCAACCGCAACAUGUUCUCAUUGGACGCAGUGACCGAUAUCGCAGUAUUCCAGCAGGCAUGGUCCCAGCUUCUCGAUCACUACCCUAUCUUGCGAACACGCAUCGUGCCUUCGCUGGGCGGCAAGAACUUGGUCCAGGUUGUGACGCGCAACCACCAGACGGCCUGGCAGUAUCCAGACUCGGUGGACGAAUAUAUGAGCAAAGACAAGCAGAGACCUAUGCGGUACGGAGACGCGCUUGUCCGGUAUGGCCUUGUGCGGCCACAGCUCAACGGCAGCGGCGAUUCAGGAUGUUGGACUUUUGUUUGGACUCUCCACCAUUCCAUUUACGACGGGUGGACGCUGGACAUCUUGCUCGGCAGCCUCAGCCAGCUGUACAAUCAGCAGAAGAUCCCAAAGGUAUUGCCUUUCAACCGAUUCAUCCGUUUCGUCAGCGAGACAGAUGCCAGUGCCUCUCGCAAGUUUUGGGACUCGCAAAUCGGCCGGGGCGAUCUGCCCUCAGGAUUCCCAUCUUUGCCUUCGACGACGUACCAGGCCAGACCUAACAGGUCCAUGAUGCACACUGUCACAAUCGCGUCGUCAGCUACUUCAACUUCAUCAACGGCAAAUGUCCUUCGCGCUGCCUGGGCUUUAGUGAUAGCAACUCACACGUCUACUGAGGACGUGAUUUUCGCCAUGACGCUGUCGGGACGUAACGCUCCGCUGCCUCAUAUUGCCGAAAUGGCUGCGCCGACUAUUACAACUGUGCCAAUGCGCAUCUCGCUUCGCCAGAACGACACUGUGCGUGAAUACAUGCAGGCAAUCGACCGUCAGGCCGUCGAGAUGAUGCCGCAUGAGCACGUUGGGCUUCGCAACAUUCGCAAAUCGCUAGUAGGUAAUCACCAGUCGUUGGAGCUGCGGCAUCUGUUCGUCGUUCAGCCGAAUGCACAGAAGAUGGGUCGGGCGAGUCUCAUUCGUACAAAUACCGGGACGAUGGCUUCUGUCGCAUCUGCAGGGUUCGAGUCCUACGCUCUUGUCAUCGAGUGUAGUCUCACGGAUCAAGGCGCUCAGAUUGAGGCCAAGUACGACGACACUGUUUUGAGUGUGGAAAUUGUUCAGAAACUCUUGAACCAACUGGCCCGAUUCAGCAACAUCCUCUUGGACCCGGCAACCCACCAGACGAAGCUGCACGACCUGGCCCUCAUCAGUGCCCAAGAGCUGGAUCAGAUCACAGCGUGGAACAACACGGUCCUCUCCCCAGUUGAGGAAUGCGUCCAUGACAUGGUGGUACGUCAAGUCGUCAGACGGCCCGGGGCCCCUGCCGUAUGCGCGUGGGACGGCGACCUUUCAUACAGAGAACUAUCUGACUUGGCAAUCCGGCUAUCACUCCAUUUGCGACAACUUGGCGUGGGCCCUGAGUCUCUGGUACCGAUCUACCUUGACAAGUCUCUGUACACAGUAGUGGCCAUGCUUGCUGUCUUGUACGCGGGCGGCGCAAGCGUCCCCCUCAACACGGCUCAUCCUCUAGAGCGCAUCAGGACCAUGAUCGAUCAAGUGGAGCCCACGUUGAUACUUACCGAUGGCCGCCAUGCUGAGCAGUUCAGGCUUUACAAUACACAUGUUGUCGUGUUGGACGCCGCCCUGUUGCAGUCUCUUCCGCGCUCCGUCGGUACCUCCGCCUCCGCCGUCAUAUCGCCCGCCGCCACUCCGGAAAACUCUGCCAUUGUCACUUUCACCUCGGGCAGCAGUGGUACCCCCAAAGGUGUGGUGCUAACACAUUCUUCUCUUAGCAGCAUGAUCCAAGCACAAGGCUCUCAAAUGGGAUUCAGCGAUACGACCCGAACGCUCCAAUUCGCAGCUGCGAGCUUUGAUGUUAGUAAUAGCGAGAUCUUCACAACGCUAUCUUACGGCGGCUCCGUCUGUAUGCCAUCAGAAUUUGACCGCCUCAACGAUAUCUCUGGCACGGUCUCCCGUUUCAACGUCAACUGGCUUUUCAUGACACCGAGCCUCGCAUCCAAGAUUGAGCCCGACACUGUUCCUAGUCUGAGGCACCUAGCAUUGGGUGGCGAAGCCGUAACGGACAAUCUUGUACGUCAAUGGGGGGACAAAUUGCAACUCAUCAACAGCUACGGGCCCUCGGAAUCCAGCAUCUGGACGUCCAUGGCGGUUCUUCCUAGUGGCCCAGUCGGCGACUUGUCGCCUGCCAACAUAGGCAAAGGCCUUGGGUGCAGGCUAUGGAUUGUAGACCCAACGAAUCACAACCGGCUGUCGUGCAUUGGCGACGUUGGCGAGUUGUUAAUUGAAGGGCCCAUACUUGCGCGCGGUUAUCUCGGAGAUGAGGAGAAGACGCGUGCGGCAUUUAUCGUGAACCCACCUUGGGCCGCCGAUAAGGACUCUGAACACGGGCGACGAUUUUACAAGACGGGAGAUCUCGUCCGGUACUGCUCCGACGGGUCAAUGGUUUACGUGGGACGAAAAGACGCCCAAGUCAAGAUACGAGGUCAGCGCGUCGAGUUGGCCGAAGUGGAACACCAUGUAAAGGCUGUGCUCAAAAGGUCGGAAGACAUUGCCGUGGAGGUGCUCCGUCUGCGCUCCGAUGAGCACUUCGAGCGACAGGCGCUUGGCGCUUUCAUUAUAACGACAGUCGCAGAGACCAACAUCUCCACUUCCACGAACUCAAGUGGAUUGCCCGUUCCGCUACCUGUCUGUGAGGCUUUCCAGGCGGAGAUGCGUGAUGUACAGAACGCACUAAACAAAAUGCUACCUUCCUAUAUGGUACCUGGACUAUUCAUACCCAUCGACCGAUUCCCAAUGAGUCAGUCCGGUAAGCUGGACCGCAAACAGCUCCGUCAACUCAUGAUCGAACUGGACGACGAACAACUGGCGUCGUACAGACUGAGUACGGUAUCUAGGCGCGCGCCGUCAACUUCGCAAGAACUAUUGCUACUUCCCUUGUGGGCCAAGAUCGUUGGUGUGGAAGAGAGUACCGUCGGGGCUGAUGAUGACUUCUUCCUCAUGGGCGGCGACUCCAUCUCAGCCAUGGAGCUAGUCAGCCUGGCACGGUCCGCCGGCAUUUCGCUGACAGUCGCCAAUAUUCUACAAUAUCCCAAAUUCUGUGACAUGGCUUUGACAACAACAACAACAGCCGACGUCGAGGCGAAUGCGCGCGGCUUGACUCUUCGCGCCGGUGUCAAGCCCUUCUCUACAUUGGCAAGCAACGGAAAUGACGAUGUCGUUGAGUCCAUCAGACGACGAAUCGUGCCCCUGGUUCAGAGAACCCAACCAUUAGCCGACAUUGUUGACGCAUAUCCCAGCACAGACUUCCAAAAGUUCUCGGCAGCCUUUGCUCUAUCGUCAUCCAGGUGGUCACUGGUGUACGAAUGCCUCGAUGGCACGGGAUUCAUCGACACCGAGCGGCUGCAGCACUGCUGGAACCAGGUCGUAGACAGUCAGGACAUCCUACGCACCACCUUCGUCUUCUUGGACAGCGACUUGAUACAGGUCGUCCUGCGGAACGUCGAUCUCGGCUUCACCGUGCAUGAUAUUGGCGCUGACACAACCACGACGAUUGAGGAUUACACCGAUGCGCUUCGAGCUCGUGACAUGGACCAGCGACAGGUUACGGGUGCGCCUUUUGUACGGUUGGCACUGAUCCGCAAACUCGGCAGCGACAAGCACCGCAUUGUGUUCCGCAUCUCCCAUGCGCUGUAUGAUGGCAUCAGCCUUCCCACCAUGUGGCAUCAUCUUGAGUCCCUCUACAAUGGGAGCACAGCUCCAGCUCCGACAACUGUCCCCUUCUCACACUUCAUCUCAGCCGCACUGGCAGAUUCUCAUCGCGAGGCAAGUGUACAAUACUGGCGUCACUUCCUCAAGGGCAGCUCCUUGACAUCAGUCACGAACGGCUCGCAUCCCGUACCCCGAGCCCGCACAUCGCCAUCGCGUGUCAGCUACACACGUCAAAUUGUGAUGCCGAUUGCGGGCAACGUCACCUUUUCCAACGUCCUGCAAGGCGCAUGGAGCUACGUGCUAUCAGCCGUUUCUGGUCACUCCGAUAUCAUCUUCUGGCAUCUAGUCAACGGCCGAAGCCAGGCCACAGAUCUCGUCCAGGGGCCCUGCGUCAACUACGUUCCUGUGCGCGUUCAACUCGAUUCCCACUCUGACUCCAACCACGAAAACGCUACCAUCAUGCGCCAGCUCCAAGAGCAGCAAGUCGCCCGUCUCCCAUACGAAAGUCUAGGGUUCCAAGAUCUAGCCCGCACUUGCACAGACUGGCCCACCCUGUCGAGCCUGCACACAGCCGUGGCGCACCACAACUUGGACAUUGGCAACAACCUAGUUCUCGGCGGUACGACCUACAUACUUCACUCUCUACCCGACGACUACGAUAUGAUCGACAUCAAGGUGCUUUCAAAUGCCGAACCCGGUGGGCACAGCUCUCGCAUUUCCCUUUCCUACGCUGAGGACCUCGUCACGCCCGAAUAUGCCGAUACGCUAUUAAGUGCGCUUGGGCGCGCAAUCGCGGGGCUUCCCCUUGACACAAUCGAGCCGCCACCGCCACCGCCUCGCGAGGAAAAUUCUUCAAUAAGAAGACAAGAGCACGAAGAGUACGGUGAGGACAUCGACGCAGCAUCGCUACGGCUUGUCCAAGCGGCGUGGACAGAUGUCCUAGGCAGCAGCACUGCCUGGUCCACCUGCGACUCUUUCGUGCAAGCAGGCGGCACGCUCAUGCAUGCUGUCCAGCUGGCCGCUUUAUUAUCGUCACAAGGUGUAUAUAUUGAGACAGACGAUAUCAUAACUUUGUCUACGAGUAAUGCGCAGCGGAAGGCGGCGUCGAUGGCGUGA